UUCGAGAGUAAGAUUUUCGAAAUCGCUGCGGAUGAUUGAAGAAACCGGCCGCAUUUAGCCAACACUGGUCGAGAGCCGUAUCUUAGCACUUUUAACCACGGUCACACUGCGCCUCUGAAAAAGCCGCAAGAAAGUAAAUUCUUUUCUAUUAAUUAAUUCCAAAAAAAUAAGACAAAAAAUGCCGGAGCCUGCUGAGAAAAGCACAGUCAACUCGCCGACGUACGACUUGUCAAAGUUCCGGCUAAAGCGGAUACUUAGCAAUAACAGUGUUCGGAAAAGCAUUUCCUUGCUCGGCUCCUUCCCCGACCUUUCCGAAACGGACGACGCGAUUGUAGUUUUCGAGAAAAAUGCGUAUAGGGAAAGCGACGUCGCCACUCAGUCGCUCUCGGAGGAAUCGCCGAAGAAGCCGAGCUAUUUCACCGCAGACCUUAAGGUAGACACGGAGUUUGUCAACAACAUUUACGGCAGUUUUCAGGUUGUGCCCAGCAGAGAUCUAUGUGGAGUCAAAAGUACGGUCAUAUAUCCCGCCACGGACAAACACAUAGAAAAGUAUUCCAUUUGCCAAAAGUACCUUAUUCGAGAGACGCCAGACUUCUACGAAAGGAUAACUCUUCCAUACCUCUCCUCCAGCCAAUUCUCCUUAGAAUGGGUAUAUAACAUACUCGAGCACAAGCAGGAGACAGAGAGGAUCGUUUUCGAGGACAAAGAUCCGGAGACGGGCUUCAUCCUGCUGCCCGAUCUCAAGUGGGACGGGCGGAAUGUAGAGAACUUGUAUCUGCUGGGUAUUGUCCAUAAGCAUGGUCUAAAAUCACUUCGGGAUCUAAAUGCUAGUCACUUGGAUCUGCUGCGUAACCUGCGCCAGUCGGCAAAGGACGCCAUCUUCAACCGCUACGGCCUGAAUCCCAACCAGCUUCGCAUGUACAUCCACUAUCAGCCGUCCUUCUACCAUCUGCAUGUCCACAUUAAUCCAGUGCGAAACGACGCACCGGGAAUCUGGUGCGAGAAGUCUCACAUGCUGGACACAGUUAUCAACAACCUGGAGCUUCUACCGGAUUAUUAUCAGCGAGCCACUCUACCGUUCGUCCUUUACGAAGGCAACAAGCUCUUGGAGCUUUAUGAAAAGGAACAACCAGUUCGAAUGGUGCCAGCAGUGAGUGAAAGUGAGGAGCCUGCAGUGGUGGAUGGUUUUAGCGAUGACGAGCCAGAAGAGAGGCAGUGCAAGCGUAUUAAGUUGGCUACCACUCCGGAGCCAAAGGAGGUCGAGGCUCCAGCACAGGCGUGUGCUUAAACAUACAUUUACUCGGGGGUGCCAUAGAAAUCCCUUGAAUGCUGUAAAUCAGUGAUCGGCACCAAGAAUUGCAUUUGUAUGAGUAAAAAACUAAGUGAAGUUCAUGUGUGCGGCAAAGAAAAUUGCUGACCCGCCGCUUCGUCUCAAAAAUAUAAGUCCAAUUUUCGCCGCCUUGCGAAAGCGUACAAGGUUUCUAGUUCUUGAACCUAAUAUUACUAUAAAUUGAUAAAAAUGGAUGAUAAUUUUGACUUAAGCGUAGAGCGGGCAAUUAAAACCUUGACAUUUCUCAUCUUGUUGUUUUAAGGUCUUUGGUUAUAUGUACCCCCUACGGGUAGUUACAUAACUACUUAAAUACAUAACUACUUAAAUACCAA